UUCUCUCGUUCAGGGAUGCCGGGAGGGUCAGGCACUGCCCGGCACUGCGAACAGACUCCAACUCCCGGCAGCCACCGCGCGGGCCCCGCCAUGCGCUUCUGCCCCUUACGUCAUCUCCGCGCGCCGCCCGCGGGCCGUGCCGCCGCCAUGGUGCAGCUCGGGAGCCGCCUCCUGAGGGGCCGCGGCGGCCACGUCGUCAUCCGCUUCGCGCUCGGGGGCUGCACCAACCGGCCGUUCUUCCGCAUCGUGGCGGCCAACAGCAGGCGCGCCCGCGAUGGGAAGUACCUGGAGCAGCUCGGCUGCCUCGACCCGCUGCCCAACGCGCACGGCGAGAAAGUGGCGGGGCUCAACCUGGAGCGGCUGCGCUACUGGCUGGGCUGCGGCGCGCAGCUGUCCCGGCCCGCCGAGAAGCUCCUGGGGCUGGCGGGAUUCCUGCCGCUCCACCCCAUGACGGUGACCGGCGCCGAGAGGCUGCGCCGGCGGCGACAGCGCGAGCAGCAGCCCGAGGCUGCCCCUGCGGACGGCUCGGCCGAGCCCGGCACCGGCACCGCGCCCUGACACGGCCCGGCCGGGGGGUCCCGAGCGGCCCGGGUCUGCUCCGGCCCGGGACUGCUCCGGCCCGGGACUGCUCCGGCCCGGGACCGCUCCGGCCCGGGUCUGCUCCGGCCCGGGACCGCUCCGGCCCGGGUCUGCUCCGGCCCGGGGCUGCUCCGGCCCGGGACCGCUCCGGCCCGGGGCCGCUCCGGCCCGGGACUGCUCUGGCCCGGGUUUGCUCCAGCCCGGGUUCGCUCUGGCCCGGGGCUGCUGCAGCCUGCCCGGACCCGAGGAUUUCUGCCCUGUCGGUGCAUCCGACCCCAUUAAAAUGUUACCUCUGCACUCUGCA